AUGCCGACGCCAAAGACGCCGACUCUGGCCGAGAAGCUGGACAAGAUUAAAUCUCCUGGGUUGCAAAGCCAGCAAAAGACCGUCGUCGUCCUCCAGGCAGUCGAAUCGACCUUGAAGGAGCAGAACACGGCGCCCACGCCAACUGGAUACUUUGCUGCCCUGCUUGCGCUCCUGCAGCAGGCCAACACCAACGGCAGCGUCAACAUCGAAUUAGCCACGCCCGUCGUCUACCUCCUAGACGUUGUCACCCCCUACGCUCCGCAGCCACUGCUCCGGUCCAAGUUCACGCAGAUCCUCACACAGCUCGCCCCCGUGCUUCUCAUGCAGGAUGCCGAGCCCAUACUCCUCAGGACGUCGAUCGGCUGUCUCGAGUCUCUCCUGCUGGCUCAGGACGGACCCUCUUGGGAGCUGUCCGUCACGCAGAUUGGGCCUCGCCGCGCCGUCGCCGGACUGCUGAACCUGUCUCUAGACCCGAAGCCCAAGGUCCGCAAGCGCGCCCAGGAUGCCCUCAAAAAGGUCCUCAAGAACCCCCCUCCCAGUCCCUCGCUAGACCAUUCAGCUGCCGACAUGUGCGCCCAGACGGCGCUCAAGAACCUCGAGGACCUCACCGGCAUGGCGGCUCAGGCACGCAAGGGCAAGAAGGCGAUGGCCGCGGCCCAUGAUCCUGCCUUGAUACAUGCGCUGCAGCUGGUCAAGUCCGUGGCGGCGGCAAGCGGCGGCUGGCCAAGCACCAAGAUUGAGUCCCUAUGCGAGCUGUUGCUGGGCAUUGCCAAAACUGGCAACGAGUACAUGACCAUGGCCGGGUUUGAAAUCUUUGAGCUGAUAUUCGAGGGCAUGUCGGACGAGGUUUCAUCGGCCAAGCUGCCGCGCCUCAUGGAAAUUAUUUCCGAGCUGCGGCCGGCCGCGAACGAUACCCAGCUUGUGCCGUCGUGGCUGGCCAUUUUGUCGCGUGGAUACGACGUCUCCUCGCAAUUGGAGCCGGAGGAGACGUUUCAAAACCUCCCCGAGCUGUUCGCCAUGGUCGCCCAGUUCCUCGAGUCGCAAUCCGAGAACAUCCGCAUCUCGGCCUCCGAGUGCUUGAUGUCCUUCAUGGCCAACUGCGUCCCACAACAGGUCAUCCUAGACCCUUCAAUAUACGACGAAAAAGUACUGGACAAGGUCGCAAAGGCUGCCGAGUCGCUGCUCACGGUCCAGUAUCAGGCCGCUUGGCUGCAGACGUUCAACGUCCUAGCGGCCAUGUUCACCGCGCUACGUUGGAGAGCAUACCCAAGAAUGCUCAGCAUCGCGCGCACGAUUGGCGAAAUUCGAGAGAACGCGUCGUUCCGCAACAAGAAGGAGGCAGACGACGUCAUCGGCCAGGCCGUUCAAGCCAUGGGUCCCGAGGCCGUUUUGUCGGUGCUGCCGCUCAACAUUGUCAAGCCUGUCAAGGGGCAAUCCGGCAGAGCCUGGAUGUUCCCCAUUCUUCGAGAUUGCACCAGCAACACCAACCUUGCUCACUUCAAAAAGGAGCUGGUGCCUCUCAGUGAGCUCAUGUUCCAGAAAGUCUUGGAUCAUGGUGAAGCAGAAAAGACGAUGGAGGUCAAGAUUUACGAGACGCUGGUUCAACAGACUUGGUCCAUCCUCGCCGGUUACUGCGACUUGCCGCUCGACUUGCUGGAAGCUUUCGACCGGCCCUUUGCCGAGAUGCUUGCCAACCUUCUCUACAAGCAAGUUGACUUGAGACUAGACAUCUGCAAGGCGCUCAGGACAUUGGUUGAGUCCAACCAGGCGCUCGCCAGCAUCACAGACGGUGAGGAGGAUUUUCUUCUGCAAAGCAGGGUGUCCCGCGAGACUGCCAGCAAGAACAUCGAGUACCUUGGUCAGUUCUCAGGUAACAUGCUGGCCGUACUCUUCAACGUCUACACGCAAACACUCCCUCAAAGUCGAGGCCCUAUUCUGCAGACCAUCAACGCAUUCCUCAGCAUCGCUCCUCGUCAGGAGGUGAUGGACACGUUUGACCGGGUGAGCAAGAUGCUAGCAUCAGAGCUUCAGGCGGCCCCGUCGGCAGAAGACAAGAAGAAGCAGCAAAAAUCAAAAGACCACAUGCCGUCGACGGCCCAGACGCUGAUGGAUCUUGUCAUCACCAUGUCUGCCUAUUUGCCACGGGAAAGCUUCGCCGCCCUGUUUGAGAUUGCGACAGUCAUUGUCUUCAAGGAGGGGGAGCCGCAGCUGCAAAAGAAGGCUUACAAGCUGAUUCCUCGGCUAGCGAGCUCCGAGCUAGGCAAAGCUGCGCUACAGGAAAAGAACUCUGAGCUGCAGCAGCUCUUCCUUUCCAGCUCCGAGAAGGUGUCGGCGCCCGCGCGACGUGAGCGGCUGGCUGCCAUGGCGGCGCUGCUCCCCUUUGUACCCGACAACGCCCUUCACUUUGUCCCUUCUGUGCUCAGUGAGGUCGUCAUCUGCUGCAAGGAGAACAACGAGCGAGCCCGAGAAACGGCGUACGAACUGUUGGUCCAGAUGGGCCACCGGAUGGCCUUGGCUGAUGGUGCCCUCAUCGACAACAGCAAAGUUCCGCAUAUGCCCAACGACGCCGCGCCGGGCAGGGCCAGCAUCGAAGAAUACUUCACCAUGGUCAGCGCAGGUCUGGCAGGCAGCACGCCACACAUGAUUUCUGCGUCCAUCACGGCCAUUAGCCGACUCCUCUUCGAGUUCCGGUCUGGUCUGAGCGAGCAGACAAUGUCGGAUCUUGUCCAGACCAUGGACCUGUUUCUGACCUCGAACAACCGAGAAAUCGUCAAGAGCUGCUUGGGCUUCGUCAAGGUCUGCGUCAUCAGUCUCCCCGUGGAGUUGAUGAUUCCCCGCCUGGCGACCCUCCUGCCCAAUCUCCUCGUCUGGAGCCAUGAGCACAAGGGCCACUUCAAGGCCAAAGUCAAGCACAUCUUGGAGAGGAUGGUUCGCCGCUUCGGCUUCGACCUCGUUAUCAAGCACUGCCCCGAGGCUGACAAGAAGUUGAUUGCCAACAUCCGAAAGACCAAGGAGCGGGCGAAGAAGAAGAAAGAUGCUGCCAAGGCGGGCCAUGGUGACGACGCGAGCGACGACGAAGACGGAGACCAGAAGCAGCAGUUUGAGAACGAGUACGACCAGGCUCUCUACAGCAGCGACUCGGACGCAGACGCAGACUCGGACGACGAGGCGGCCGAUAAGCCCAGGAAGAAGAACCACAAGGGCGGCAAGACGUACAUUGUCGAGGACGGCGACGAGCCCCUCGACCUUCUCGACAAGAAGGCCCUCGCCAACAUUUCGUCCACCAAGCCCGUCAGGCUGCGCAAGCCGACCAAGACCAAGGCCAAGGUCGAUCUCGACGGCAAGCUCAUCCUAGGCCAGGACAACGAGGACGGGGCCGAGGCUGCGGCGACCAGUGACGCUAUGAACGUCGACCAACCCGAAGCUUCAGGCGUGGGCGCCUACGUCGCCGCCCUCAAGGGCAAGGACGCGGCCAAGCGCGGCCGCGGCGGCAAGCUCAAGUUCUCCAAUAAGCGGUCCAAGGACGACGAGGACAUGGCCGACGCCGACGCCAGCGAAGCCGCUACCCCUACUGCUACUGCUGCUGCUGCUGCUGCUGCUGCCGCCGCCGUCAUCAAGAGCAAGGCGGGUCCCGCCGGUGGCCGCGGCCGCGGCGGCAGCGGCAAGGGCGGCAUUGCCGCAGGGAGGAGGGGUCUGGGUGUGCCCAAAGGUCAGGGUCCGUCCAUGGCGGGCAGGAUAGGCAAGGCGCGGACCCGGGGCCGCGGCUGA